ACAUCUCCGGCUUCUCGCUCCGCGGAUCGACACGUGAAGCCCGAGCGAAGCGAAACUGAACCAGUAGCGACGAAAAGGGGAUUAUUAUUUGCGUGUAUGUGUGUGUGUGUGUGUGGGGGGGGGGGGGGCUCUAGUUGAAAAACGCGACGGGACACGGAAGCUAGACGAUGAACCUCGGCGGUGAUUCCAGGCGGAGAUGAUCGCUUCGAAGCUUCUCCGAAAACACUCGCCCGUGAUUCGUAGCAGCGUGCGCGGACUCCUCCGAGCCUCCGCUAUGGAUUGAUCGACGAUCGGCCUCUUUUGCGCUCGUUUUUUUUCUCUCUCCCCCCCCCCCCCCCCCCUUCCUCAUCUCAGCACUCCUGCCCCGGCAUGCUGUCACACUGACCGCGGCCAAAGAGCGUGCGUGUGGCCUUAGUUGACGAUCCAUGAUGAUUCGUGUUGACGGACCACUCUGAGCUCCAGCCGCCGUUGUAGAAUCCCUUGAUGAAGACCAGGGGCAGAGUUUCCGCUCCAGGACGAGACCAUGGUGAAAGCUCAGCGACACCAGCCAGCGAAAGAUGGGAAGCGAGGUAAAGAAAAGGGAGGCGGGCUGAGAAAAAGCAAGGAUAGAACAAACGAAGUGAGGAGAAAGAGGAAGAAAGAGUCGCACACAUGUUCGAAGAAGACAUUGGCAGGUAAAGUUGGAGAUACGCUGGAUUGUUGUGUCCUGCUGACACGUUUGGAGGAGAAAGGAGCUGCGGGUAAGCAGAAGAAUGUGCAGAAAGCCUGCAAGAAACCAAGUGUUAAGGCGAAUAAGAAACCACUAUCUUCUCAAAGCAGGACCAAAACUCAUAAAUCUCAUAAAAAGUUAAAGAAAUCUGCUUGUCAACAAGCACUGGAACCAAAAAGUUGCCAAUCUGACACCUCACUCAUGUGGCCCCCGCUUGUUCCAGAGCCUCGCAGGAGAAGAAUGGCUUCUCUCAACGCAGAGGCUGUCAACAGCCUGCUGCUCUACAGGGCCGAUCCCUUGGCGUCCAAUCUCGUUAAGAAAGAGCAAUCUUCAACCGAAGCGCCGUCUAAAGGUGAAAGCAGACCUCAUAAAGCCAAAAAGGUUCUUCGAGAAGGCAAAACAGACCUGAAGGAAAGUCGUAAAAAACAGAAGCGGUCCACAGCGGAGGCGCCGCCAGUCGACUGGUUGACUUUGUUUGCGCCGACCCCUCGGCGUCAGGCGGGCCUCACCGCUGCUACGCUGCUCAAACUCACCGGUUCCCUCUACGGAAGCAAGCGGCAAAAAAAGCAGGAGUCCAAGCCUGCCAGCGAAAGCAAAGCUAAGGCUUUAACUCAGGUUGAGAUUAGCGGUAAGCCUUUAAGUGGAGCAACACUGCAGACCAAAAGAAGAACAAAUCCAAAACACAAUGAGCAGCUAAAGCACAUUAAACAGGGUAAGGAGGAUCCGGGCUCUCCGGCCCAAGGAUUCUGUAGUCUUUGUAAAACGGAGGCUUUGGAUCCCGAAUGGAAGUCUGGUAGACAGGAUUGUUUAAAAAAUCCCCUCCACUGCAGCUCCAUGCUGGGAUUCUCCUUAAAAACAAUCAAAGAGGAGCAGGAGGAGACGGACGUGUCCUCCUGCUACUGCUGUAGCCAGGAGAGAUGUGUGGAGUACUGUCACAGACUGGCCCUCUUCCUCAAGGACAAGGCCGUCAAGGAGCCCGACGACGAAGGCUCACUCUCAGAAGUGUUCCACCACCAUCACCACCACCUCCACCAUCACCACCUCCACCACCCGGCAGCCAUAACCAUUACGCCGCACGCGUACACCUGCUUCCCCAGCUAUUGCGUCCACUUCAGCCACCCGGACACCUCGCCGUCCUCCAUGACACCCCUCGCUCUGUGUCCAAAGAGCAGCAAGAGACCCAAACUGCUGCCCAGCUCUGGCCCGCAGCCCUCAGGAAUUUCCCAUCCAGUCUACUGCUGCACCUCUGUGGAAGCGUGCUAUGGAGAGCCCUGCAGGAUCAAUGGCUAUACCACCUACAGCAGUGUGAUUCCGGCCAUUGCCAGAGGAGGGUGCACCAAAUGCACCCGUGGCAUCAACAGAGACGACUACUCAUCAACCCUCAAGGACCACCACAACCCGUCCUCCAUCCCCACCUGUCCUAGUCCGAGAACUCUCACUGGCUGCCCCAUUCCCCCAGUGCCUCCAGCCGCCCAAUCAGUGCCCCCUGUUCAGACGCCACUGUCCGACCCCAGCCAACCGCAGCCCUCGCUGCAGGUGGCCAAGGAUUGUCCGCAGAGCGCCAAGCCUCCCAGCGGGUCCCGGUCUGGCGCCCGCAGCACAGGCAGCAUUAGUUCAACUGCGUUCCCACUCAAAAAGGAAAAGAAGCAAAAGCUGGGCUCUGCCAGCGCCAGAGGGCAAACGCUUGCCAAGCAGCCCAAGAACGGACGCCAAAAAAGCACCAACGGCUGGCGGCCCGUCGGCCUCCCCUUUGAAAAAGAAGUUUUCUCUCUGGGAGAGGAAGCUCUGGUGCCGAGGAAGUGUUUCCAGGGAGUCCAGAGGGACGGAGAGCUGAUCCGGGUCAGGGACACGGUUCUGCUGAAGUCUGGGCCGAGGAAAAAGUCUCUACCUUACGUUGCAAAGAUCUCUGCGCUGUGGGAGGAGCCUGAGACAGGAGAGUUGAUGAUGAGUUUGUUUUGGUACUACCGUCCAGAACACACACAAGGAGGGCGCGACCUUAAUGUGCAUUGUCAGAAUGAGAUCUUUGCGUCCCGUCACCAGGAUGUGAACAGCGUGGCCUGUAUUGAAGACAAAUGCUAUGUCCUGACACUGGCACAGUAUUGUCGAUUUUGUGCCUUGGUAAAACGCCGAGGGGACGGCGUACCCGACUGUGCCGCCUCCCUCCUGGUACCCCCUGUCGUCGGCCACGCCGCACCCAGCCACCGCUGCGUGCCGGACGACAUGGACCCAGAACUGGUGUUUUUCUGUCGCCAUGUCUACGACUUCCGCUACGGACGACUCCUCAAGAACCUGCAGUAGCGCCGGGCGAACGACAGAAUGACACAGAGACGUGAGAUAAGGUGGUUUCAUCCGCCUCUACUUAAAUGAGCUCCGAGCCCCGCUGCCUGCGAAAGGGAGGGCCUGGAGGUUUGAGGAUGAAGGAACGUGAGAUUAGUUUCUCUUUGAAAUUUCACAAUGACACGGCACACACUUGUGAAGUAAGCGUUAAGGUCUGAUACGUUGCAUCGAAGCGAUAAUAGCUGUCGAAAUGGUUUUAAUCAUACACUGCUUCCUGUCUUGAGUGCGCUAUGUGUGGAACGUUCUCCUGCAGGUCUUAGAAGUGUGCCAUUUGAUGGAUUUGAAGGAGCUUAUAUGUGACUAAUGGAACUAUCUGCCUAUCACUCGCACACAGAUGCAACAUCAGAGGCCUUUACUUCCGUCAUAGCUCUUUAAAGGAGAUUUCUUACUGUGAAUGUAGGACUUUAACUGUCCUGCAAUCAUAUAACGAUCACACUGAAAAAGAUGGGGGGGGGGGGGGGGGGAGAGAGAGCGAGACAUACAUUUUUUUAUAAUAGAAGGGGGGAAAAAAAAUCUAAAAAACUCUGUUAAUUAUUCCCUUAAAAUGCAACACAGCAGUUUCUUUAAUCAUGGAUGGCGAACAUACCUGGUGGCCAAUGGAAACACUUGGAAAAAGUAGAUACAUAAAUGACCUAAUUAAACCUAAAACUGAAAUAAUGGACAUAACAAGCCAUAUUAAUAAGUUGGAUUGUUAAAAAUUUCAAAUGUCCAAAAGUGGACAUUCAGGGUUGUCAUAGCACAGAAACUAAAUGCUAACUUAGCUUAGCAAGAAAAAAGUGUUUCGUACAAAAUUGUCUAAAAAUGGACUUGCCAGGUUUUCACAGACAAUAUGCUAACUUAGCUUAGCAUCUGAAACCAAAUUUAGCACAAUUCCCUGAAUAUUAAAUUACUUCAUGUGUGGCAGACACUUCUGGUGACCAAUGGCGAUACUCGGAAAAAGUAUAAAUAUUAAUGACGUAACCAUAUCUAAAACUGUUAUUUAAUUUAACAUCUCAAAUUAAUAAUAAGUCGUUGGGACAUGCAGCGUCAUAGUUUAUUGAAAAUUCCAAAUUAUCCAAAAGUGGACUCACAGGGUUGUUGUAGCAAAGCAACCAAAUGCUAAGUUAGCUUAGCAUGUGGGAGGUAAGGAACAAGGAAAAAACUGUUUUAUACUAAAUUGACAGAAAGUGGACUUGCAGGGUUUUUUAUAGACAACAUCCUAACUUAGCUUAGCAUCUGAAACCAAAUCUAACAAAAUAGCGAUCUACUCAACUGUAAAGUAUUUUCUUAAAACUCAACACAAAAACUAUUAAAGAACAGAUUUCUCACAUAGUAUUUGCCAGACACAUCUGGUGGCCAAUGGUGAUGCUUUUGGGGGGCGGGGGAUAUGUGAACAAACGUGAUGAAGUACCAGAAAUGUGAAUCUAUUUGUAGUCAUUGCUGUAUGUUGUACACGUACGUGCGCUUUAAUGUCUUGACCUGGUGAAGCGGACAUCGCAUUUGAUGGACGGCCAAUGGAGAUAAUUGUUUAACAACUAAUACUAAUUAAUGAUGUCACAAAUCACAUUAAUAAGUCGUUGCCUAUGCAGUGUCAAAUUUUGUUAAAAUUUCCUAAUCCAAUUCGAAAGUGGACUAAAUUGUCAUAGCACAGGUACCAUAUAUAUAUAUAUAU